GAAGUACUUUGUUAUUCUUGCCUGCUUGGUGAUAGUUGGCGAAGAUUAUUUACCGAUCAAAACUCUUCUCUUGUCAUUAAACUAGUUUAAAACUGACCGUGAGUUACUUCGGGGUAUUUAUAUAGAGUCAUCAUUGAGGUCCUGCCUGGCUGGCCCAUGGUGAGACAGGGACCUAGAGGAACUGAACGGACUCAACAUGGCCUGUGUAGAGGAGCCCCCUGAGAAACACUGCUGGGUUUGUUUUGCGACAGAGAGAGAGGACCGCGUGGCAGAGUGGGUGAGCCCCUGCAGGUGUAAAGGCUGCACCAAGUGGAUCCACCAGGCCUGCCUGCAGCGCUGGCUCGAUGAGAAGCAGAAAGGAAACAGUGGAGGAGCCGUCAGCUGCCCUCAGUGUGGCACAGAGUACAGCAUCGUCUUCCCCAAGAUGGGGCCGUUGGUGUACUUCCUCCAGCAGGUGGACAGGGCUCUGUCGCGGGCCAGUCCGUUCGCUGCUGCUGGGGUGGUGGUGGGGACAGUCUAUUGGUCAGCUGUAACCUAUGGGGCUGUGACUGUCAUGCAGGUGGUAGGCCAUAAGAAGGGCUUGGAUGUGAUGGAGAGAGCUGAUCCUCUGUUCCUCCUGAUGGGUCUACCUACCAUCCCUGUGAUGCUGGUCCUGGGCAAGAUGAUCCGCUGGGAGGACUACAUACUGAGGCUGUGGCAGAGACACUCCUCUAAACUACAGCUGCUAGUGCCAGGUAUAGGGCGUCCAUUGCCCCGUGUGCCAGCUGAUGGGGGUUAUGGAGGGGACCACCUGUCAGUGUCUCGUACUCUGUGUGGAGCUCUCAUCUUCCCCUCCGUGGCCAGCCUGGUGGGACGGCUGAUCUUCAGAAGGGUACCUUCAUCUCUGCAACGCACCGUUCUGGGUGGUAUAGCAUUUGUGGUGAUGAAGGGAGUGUUGAAGGUGUAUUUCAAACAGCAGCAGUACCUCACCCAGGCCAACCGCCACAUCCUCAACUACCCAGAGAGAGAGAGGGACAGAGAGAGAGAGGGACGGAGCGAGGAAGGAGAGGACGACACGGAUGACAGUGGAAACGAGUGAACACAACACUCCCCCUACCAUAACGCUAACCCUAGAGAGGGAAGGAGGGAGGUAGAGGGGAGAAAUAAUACGUUGGAGUUAAGCACACGAGGACAGCAGAAACGAUUGACAACCUCCCAGAAUCCUCUCUGUUCCCUGACCUCACACAAAGAGAAACCUGCAACCAAUCACAAUGUAGUUUUAUUUUACUCAGACAAGGGGUGUGUUUAAGAGGUUUGUUACGUUUCCAAACAGAGAACUUGUCGAAUAGAAAUGCAAUUGUUAGUUUUUUGUUUGAAAGUGUUUUCUCCCAUUUGUGUCUCCUGAAUGCAACCAUGCUCUGCUAUUUUUAUUGUAAGAUAUCCACCCAAUCAUGACUGUAUGUGUGUGCGCGUGAGCAUUUUUAUGUGUGUGUGAGCGUACGUGUGUCUACACCAGGGGUAUCACACAUACGGCCCACGGACCGGAUCUGGCCCGCGUGGGGGUUGAAUCUGGCCCGCGGGUGGUUUGAGUAUAAAAAAAUAUAUAUAUAUAUAUAUAUAUAUAAGGACAAUUUUUUGCGAGUUUUGACUACAAGGAAAUAUAUCACAUUUUCAGUGCUGACUUCGUUGAAGACCAAAUGCGCCCCCCGGGGUAAAAGGAGUUCGACACCCCUGGUCUACGUUGUAGAACUCAUGCUAUUUUAUUUGCCUGUAAGAAUGGAUUAGCUAAUAAAGUGAUUUGAUUGUUAAAUACUACAUUCUCUCUGUUAUUAUUGAAGAAGUGGAAUUACUUCUACUUUCACUUAGUCAUAUUUUACACAGUGCCUCAUCAGUCAGAGGUAGGUAAGUUAGAAAGGAGGGGUGGUGUAGAACUUACUUUAUUUCCAAGGAAAGGAAGUGAGGAAAUGAGGGGAAGAAGGAAACAAAUUAUUACCUGUUUUUGCUUUGUAUUGUGUGUAGAUUAAUGAUAAUUAUUAUUUUUUAAAUCAAUUUUAGAAUAAGGCUGUAACGUAACAAGAUGUGGAAAAUUCAAGGUGUCUGAAUACUUUCCUGAAGGCACUGUAUAAGAGAACUAACCAGACUGCCCUGGGGGAGCACGACGUGUACUAUGGUGCAUUAAGUUUGUUUGAGCCUCUCCAGUUAACUGACAAUAAAUAAUGAUUCAUUUAAGUUUGA